UCCGGAGCCGCCAUGAAGAGCCAGUGACGCCCCGCGAGGAUGGGGCUGCUGCACAGUAAGAGGCAGGUCAGCCAGAAGGCGGGGGGCUGGAGCCCCAGGAAGCCCGGCCCCCAGGACAAGGCGCCCCCUGCCCUGCCGCCCUGGUAACUCAUCUUUAACCACCUGCCCCCUCCUCCUCCAGACCAGCACCCCGACCAAGAGGAGCGUUUCGUGGUGGCCCUGUAUGACUACGCGGGGCACAACGACCGGGACCUGCAGAUGGUGCAGGGGGAGAAGCUGCAGGUCCUGAGGCAGCGCGGAGGCUGGUGGCUGGCCAGGUCGCUGGUCACCGGGAGAGAGGGCCUCGUCCCCAGCAACUUUGUGGCCCCGGUGGAGACCCUGGAGGUGGAGAAGUGGUUCUUCAGGACCAUCAGCCGGAAAGAGGCCGAGAGGCAGCUGCUGGCCCCCGUGAACAAGGCGGGCUCCUUCCUCAUCCGGGAGAGCGAGACCAGCAAAGGUGCCUUCUCCCUGUCUGUGAAGGACGUGGGCCCCCAGGGGGAGGCGGUCAAGCACUAUAAGAUCCGCUCGCGGGACGAGGGGGGCUACUCCAUCUCCCCCCGGGCCUCCUUCCCCUCCCUCCCGGCCCUGGUGCAGCACUACUCCAAGGAAGCCGACGGGCUGUGCCGGAGGCUGGCGGCGCCCUGCGUGCCCGCGGCCGCCCAGGACCCCUGGGCCCGGGACGAGUGGGAGAUCCCGCGGCGGGCGCUCACGCUGGUCCGCAGACUCGGGGCCGGGCAGUUCGGCGAAGUCUGGAUGGGUUACUACAAAAACCACGUGAAGGUGGCGGUGAAGAUGCUCAAGGAGGGCGCCAUGUCCCCCGAGGCCUUCCUGGGCGAGGCCAGCCUCAUGAAGACGCUGCGGCACGCGCGGCUGGUGCGGCUCUACGCCGUGGUCACCCGGGAGCCCAUCUACAUCGUCACCGAGUACAUGGCCAGAGGAUGCUUGCUGGAUUUCCUGAAGACGGAGGAAGGAGGCAGGCUGUCCAUGCCGAGACUUAUUGACAUGGCGGCCCAGAUUGCCGAGGGAAUGGCGUACAUCGAACACAUGAACUCCAUCCACCGUGACCUGCGGGCGGCCAACAUCUUGCUGUCUGAGACCUUGUGCUGCAAGAUUGGGGACUUCGGGUUGGCCCGGAUCGUGGAUAGUGAAUACACAGCCCAAGAGGGAGCCAAGUUCCCCAUCAAGUGGACGGCCCCCGAGGCCCUCCACUUCGGGGUGUUCACCAUCAAGGCGGACGUGUGGUCCUUUGGAGUCCUCCUCACGGAGCUGGUCACCUACGGGCGGGUGCCCUACCCAGGCAUGAGCAACCCCGAGGUGGUCCGCAGCCUGGAGCGCGGCUACCGCAUGCCGCGGCCGGACACGUGUCCCCCGGAGCUGUACCGCGAGGUGAUCGCGCGGUGCUGGCGCAGCCGGCCCGACGAGCGGCCCACCUUCGAGUUCCUGCAGUCGCUGCUGGAGGACUUCUACACGGCCACCGAGGGCCAGUACGAGCUGCAGCCCUAGCG